AUGACUCCACCCGCACAAACCGAUUUCUUCCUGCUCUCCUGUUUGGAGCAAGUGAGGAUUGUACUGCUGGGGAAGAAUGUUUCAGAAAACAGUUGCGUGGGAAACUUCAUAUUAGGACGAGCAGCGUUUGACAGUGAAGCUCCUCCAGAUGUUGUAGAGAGAGUGGGAGGAAGAUUAAAGGACAGACAUGUGAUGGUCAUCAACAGUCCUCAGCUGCUUCAGCCACAUCUGUCACUCCAUCAGAUCACACAGACAGUGAAAGAGUGUGUGUAUCUGUCUGAUCCAGGACCUCAUGUGAUUGUUCUGCUCUUUAGACAUGAGCAGUGUUCAACAGAAGAUCAAGAGUGUGUGGAGAAGGUGCUGGACUCUUUCUCUGAGCGAGUUUUACAACACACCAUGGUCCUCACGACACAAGAGCCCACUGAAACCAAUGAAAUCCUACAAAAAAUUAUUCAGAAAUGUGCUAACAGACACUUCAGUAUUCAGAGGAGUAGCUCUCCUGAUGAUCUUUUGCAGAUUUUUGAGGACAUUGUACGAAUGAAUGAAGAGCGACCCCUGGUUUGUGCUGAAUACAAAGCUUCACAGUAUCUUGCACAGAAACAACAAACCGAAGAACGAUUUUCAGAGGGCGUGAAGCUGAAUCUGGUUGUGUAUGGGAGUGACAGGACAUUAAAAUCCUCAAUAUCAGAGCGGAUCCUGCAGCAGACAGAAAGAAGAUCAGAUGUGGAGCUUCAUGGACGCCUGAUCAAUCUGGUGGAGCUUCCAGCUCUGUUUAACACUCAGCUCUCAGAGGAGGAAGUGAUGC